AUGGAACAUUUAGCACUCCCGUGGUGGCCGAAUACCACUUCUGCGACCGCAAGUGGUGGUUUUGAUGCUCAUGGAUCGUUGGAAAAUGCAUCUACUAGUAACUGCUGUGGCCUAUCCAACUUAAUGAGAAGAGUACUCAGAAAAAGAAGCAAAAUGUUGCAUUCUACAAGCAGGCAAUCCUCGUUCCAAUGCCGAUACGAUCCACUGAGUUAUUCGCUAAACUUUGAUACAAAUGGCUCCACCAGUAACUUAUUGGAUGAAGAUUACUAUAAAUUCUAUUCCUUCUCGUCAAGGUUUGUUGCUACGCCAAGAACUGAUUGCCAAAGACUGACUUCUUCCCAAUAG